CUCCUCGGACUCCCCCUCCCUUCCCAGGCCGGGGAUAUAAGCCCCGCAGGGAAAGCGCUGAGCAGAGGAGGAGGCCACAGCCCGACCUGCAGCAGUCCAGCCCUUGGGACUCCUCUCGCCUUCCACCUGCUCAUCUCCGCUUCCAGAACUGUCGCCAUGGUGACCGUGCGCCGGCCGUGGCCCGCCGUGGCCACAGUGCUGCUGGCCCUGCUCGCCUGCCUGGGGGCGCUGGUCCACGCCUACCCCGCCAAACCCGAGGCUCCCGGCGAAGACGCGUCGCCGGAGGAGCUGAGCCGCUACUACGCGUCGCUGCGCCACUACCUCAACCUGGUCACUCGGCAGCGGUACGGGAAACGAGACAGCCCAGAAGCGGUCCUCUCGAAACUGCUCUUCCCCGACGGCGAGGACCGCCAGGUCAAGUCACGGCCAGAAGGCGCGUACAUGUGGUGACGACCCCAAAGCCUCCUGGGAGACACGCCGACUGCACCGACCUCGUUUGCAUGUGUGCUCCUGACCCCGGAACCUGGGUUCCUCUCGCUGCCUACUGUGCCUGGGAGGGGGUGGGGGUGCUGGAUGGGGUCUUCAUCCCAUUUCUCCGUGCCCCCGGCCCCUGGGCUGGAGGGCUGUGUGUGGUCUUUCCCUGGUCCCCAAAUAAAGAGCAAAUUUCACUGAAA